AUGGAUUAUCCCAAAAUGGAUUAUUUUCUGGAUGUCGAGUCGGCUCACAGACUCCUGGACGUCGAGUCUGCUCAUAGAUUCUUCUACAGUCAAGGAGCUCAAGCUCGCCGGGCGACCCUGCUCCUGCCUCCCACAUUAAUGGCGGCAUCUUCGGAGGAUGAUAUAGACCGGCGGCCCAUCAGAAGAGUCCGCUCCAAGAGCGACACGCCGUACCUCGCCGAAGCCAGGAUCUCCUUCAACCUAGGGGCAGACCUGGAGAGGAGCCUAGUGUGGCUGGAGAAACUUGUAGGGAAUAGGGACCAGAGUAUACAGGAUCUGGGGGCUACUGUGGACUUUGACACUCUUAGUGGAGUGUGGGACGAUGCAGGGAUUUAA